CUGAUCAUUCCUGCUAAUAUCCAUUCUUCAUUUCCAGAUUAAUGGAUGACAAAGCCUACUAAAGAGUCAGUUUGCAUUAUCUUUCAAUACAGAGGAUUCACAAUAAUUACAUAUCAGCAUGGGUAAUUAUUCACGUUUGUUUUUCUGCAUUAACAUAUCCGACUAAAUUUGCUAGUGAAGUCUUGCUUUUGCCAUGUUUCACUUCUGUUUUAAUGUUAACUGUGUGUUUUAUUUUUUAGGUCAGAGUGAAAAGAAACAAGACUGUCACCCCUUAAACUAUAUGGACAGAAACAGCUGACAUAAACACAAAGUAAAGUCCAAAAAAUCCAAGACAGAAACGUUUGAUUAGCUUCUGGAUGUAGGUCGUCAUGAGUGUUAUCAUAAGAGCAGCUGGAAAUUGAAAUUGAACCAUCUAUCACCCCUCAGCUUAGGAAUGAUCCAUUUUCCCCCUUUCAUUCUUUUCUGAUCUUUUUUUCUUCCUUCUUUCAAAAGACAUUCUUGAGUACAAAUAACGCAUUUCUUCUGCUUUGCUUUCUGGUUUUAAUAAUGUCCAUUCACAAAUGCACAAAAAUGUUUAUUGCAAACCAAACCACACCUGAAAAUCUGGAUAUGCAAAUCAUAUUUGAUCAUUUUUGAUAACUGCUUUCGAUCCUGUGUAUGCUGGAACACAUUUACUUCUUUUUAACUUGUCCAUAUAAUAUACAAUAUCCUGAGUGAACCAUUUUUAGCACCGCAAUUGUUUUUCUUUUUUUUUGAUUUUUGUUUUUUUUGGGGGGGGGAUAUCUGUAGAGGUAUUGAUUACUUCCUGCAUGUUCUAUUUUCUCUCAGCUUACCCUUUUUAGUGUCUCUGGCCUCAUUUUAAGCCCCUGUCAAACGUUAGAGAGUAAAUGUUCUCCUAAAUAUCUCACCUGCAUUUGAUGAACAGAUGAAUGAAUGCAAUUUUCUGAAAGACUUAAAAUGCAGACAUUCAUGCUGUUUUAGCCCAAGGAAGCGAUUAACAUUCAUCAUUAGGUCAUAACUUUAAUUAGUUUCCACUUUUCAUGAUAAAUCCUUAGUGCUUUUGUAUAUUUACUAUAUAUAAUUUCCUUAUUUUUUCCCAGCUUGUUGUUAUUUCUCACUUUGGUUACAUAGCAUAAAAUCAGUGUUCUGUAGUUUGGGUUUUUUUUCCCCCUACAUUAUGAUGACGUGUGUUUUGUUUGUUUGCUGUGAUCGGUAUGGACCACACCUGUCAGCUGAAAUCACCCAGUGAGUAACUGUUAUACUACACAUUAUUUAUGUGCAAUUUCCCUGUAAGGAUCAAACAAUCAGCACUGAAAUACUGACCACUUUCCUAUACACGGUUUUACAGUGAUUUCAUGUUUGUCUUGUGUUUUUAAAAAACUCUCUAUCCUGCAAAAGAAGGUGAAGAUAUCACAGAGGGUUUGUAUGGGCAUGUUGUUUUUGGUUUCCUCCAUUGUUCCUUUUUAUCAUAAACUGUAACUUUCCUUUGUUUGCUAUAAGAGACUUAUUUCAGUGCUUCUCUCUGUCUGCUUUCCCAUCCUGCUAUUCAAUGUCUUUUUUUUUUUAAUGGCUCUUUUGUAUGCUUUGGUCCUGUCUAAACCAAGCCUUAUGUGUUUGUACCUUCAGAUUUCGAUUGAUUUGUCCGCUCACAUGCCAAACUCAUGCACUGACACCCAGUCCCAUAGCUCUGCUUUUAAAUAAAGUGAAGUUGCUAUUAGAAUUUAGAGUUUAUAUUAGAGACUAAUAGAUUACAUUAAACUUGGAUAAAAUCUUAUCCAUGUGAGACUGGUAUUUUUAAAAAUGGUUUGUUAGUGCUGCUAUACUUUAGGUCAUGUUGUUGAUAUUUUCAGAAGUAAAGAAAUAUUGAUCUGGAUCUCUUCUGUAUAUCAUGAUGAACCAUCACAAAAUCAUAUUUUGAUUAACCAGGGUUUUUUUUUUUGGCUUUUUAUAUGCAUCUUUUUUGAUGUACACUUCAUGAACACAUUUCUGUGUUUAGAAGCUCAUGUAUGUUACCUGAUAAAACAAACACACUCGUACGCAUGUCACGCACUCGUCAGUAAUGGGAGCUGCACGUGUCAAGCGUCGUUUCAGCGCAGUAGUGGACACUCCUCUUAAUGAGGAGGAAGUCAUGAAGUUGGCUCAGAGUGAUGAUGCUACUGGGGUCUGUACAGGAGAGCUCUCUUCUCCAACUUGCAAUGGCAAGCUGCUUAACCAAAACAAUGGUGGACCAGGGAGGCUCUCUGAGAGAAAUGAGGAAGAUGAUGAUGACGAUGAUGAUGAUUGUGAUGAUAAUGAUGGAGGAAGGUGGCGAGGAAGAGAAGGAGGCUGUGGGUUCAUGCUUGAGGGUGUGACUAGGAGAGAAGGGGGAUGGGAACGAGUUGAAAGGACUUUAUCUGUCUCCCCUUCCUUGUCGACUCCUCUUAAUGCCCAACCUCAUUUCCGGCCUCGCAGCCGAUUUGUGAGCAAAGAUGGCCACUGCAACGUCACUUUCAUCAACAUGAACGAGAGGAACCAGAGGUACCUUUCAGACCUCUUCACCACCUGUGUAGAUAUCCGCUGGCGCUGGAUGCUGGUGGUCUUCACCCUGUCCUUCUUGCUCUCCUGGCUUCUUUUUGGAUUGGUCUUCUGGCUCAUUGCAGCUGCCCAUGGAGACUUAAGUCCCCCACCAUCAUCCUCCAUCACCCCUUCCUCAUCAUCCUCAGCUACCUCAUCUUCUGUGGAUUUACCAGAGCGUCCGGUGGAUGAGCCUGAGGAGCCACUGGAGCCUAACCACUGUUUUCAGGAGGUGAACACCUUCAUGGCAGCCUUUCUCUUUUCUUUGGAAACACAGACAUCUAUAGGGUAUGGCUUCCGGAGUGUGACUGAGGCCUGCCCCCUGGCGGUGCUUGCUGUCGUUUUGCAGUGCAUUGUGGGCUGCAUCAUCGACGCUUUCAUCAUCGGGGCGGUCAUGGCCAAGAUUGCCAAGCCCAAGAAGCGCAAUGAGACCCUGGUGUUCUCAGAUGUGGCCGUAGUAGCUAUGAGGGAUGGGAAGCUCUGCAUGAUGUGGCGGGUGGCAAACCUGCGCAAAAGCCACCUGGUGGAGGCCCAUGUCCGAGCACAGCUGCUGAAGCCAAGGGUGACCCCAGAGGGAGAGUUUCUACCUUUGGACCACAAGGACAUCAAUGUGGGCUUUGACACAGGAACUGACCGGAUUUUUCUAGUGUCUCCGGUGACCAUUGUGCACGAGAUCGAUGAGGAGAGCCCUUUCUUCAAGAUGGACCGGCAGAUGCUGGAGUCAGAUGAGAAUCUGGAGGUGGUGGUCAUUCUAGAGGGCAUGGUCGAAGCCACUGCCAUGACCACACAGUGCCGUUCUUCUUACAUUGCACCUGAGAUUCUUUGGGGUCACCACUUUGAGCCUCUGCUAUUCGCAAAGAAAUCUGGCUACCAGGUGGACUACUCAUACUUCAAUCGAACAUAUAAGGUUCCUGACACGCCAUCCUGCAGUGCUAAAGACCUAGCUGAGAAAAAGUACAUCUUGGGCUCCCGUUCCUCUUUCUGCUACGAGAAUGAAGUGGCUCUGCAGCUCUCUUCUUCUGCCCUUCCCUCCCCCAACAGCAUCUCUCCAUCCCCCUCUUCCGCACCUUCACCCAUUCUUCUCACUCCUAGAGAAGGCAAAUGCACUGAGCACCCAAAAACACUUACUCACCCUCAGCACGGGGGUCAAAAGGCCCUGGGCAUAGUGGAGAAUUAGGGUCACAGAGAGCGUGAAUAGAGGAUACAGAUAGAGUUAAAGGCAGUAGUAGAGUUUCAUGAGGAAAGCUGGUACAAUACACAAAAUGUCUGACAGGAGACAGAAAGGAGAAGGGAACUGAUUAAUGAUACAGGGUCAUAAUCAGAAUAAACAGAGUGGAGGAAGGGAGGUAGUGGAGGUAGUGCCCUUUUCUUGGCUGUCACACCAAGCAAGAAAGAAAAAUAUCAAAAGCUUAAACAUUAAUAUCAACUCAUUGCUGAAAUCUAUUAGGAAAAAAUGAUGAAUUAGAGAGAGUAGAGUGUGUGAGAAUGAGGGAGCACAUUUCUCACAAAGGGUUUGUUCAGAACUGUCCAGAAAAUUUUGCACAAAUGAGGAGGGAGAUUCAGUUAAUUAACGACAAUUAGGUCAAAACAGAACAUUUGAGACAGAGAAAGGACAGAAUUAAAGCAGUUUGGGUGAGAGGGACAGAGAAGCAUAUGGGGAGGGAUUCAGAGGGCUAUUUUAGGAUGAGGAGGGUUGCAACACUGGCCCACUUGGCUGAUUGGACGUGGCAAUCUUUCAAAGUCAGUGUCACUGAUCACUGAGUUCCAGCAGUGGUACAGAUACACAACAGUGAUCUCUUAUGGCUGCAAGAAGUAACUGCACCUCAGAGUGAAAGCCUACUUUUUAAAUUACAGGACAAUUCAAGUUGUGUUUCCUCAUGACGGUGUGACACAGGAUGCACAAGUGUGUGGAAAAGCAACAGUCUCUAUAAAAACACAUCAGCACAAUACAGUGCACAGGACAGUGCCGGACAGGACACAUCGACCAGCAGGAGCUUUAACAGAAUGAACUGUACAACAGACACAAGAUCGAAAAUUUCCAUAGGUGUGUGCAGU